GUAGUCGAGGUACGGAAGAGGCACCCCCGCUGAUUAUCUUGACGGUCGGGCCAAGUUCCCAGACGUCAAUUAAGCAACUAACCGCACGCAUGCAUUCGAAGUCAGCCAUCAGACCUACUUUUAGACAUCGCCCAUCUACUUUGCACCCUUCGUUAUGGUCAAGAUCUUCGAACAGACACUUUCAACAGGAUGGUAUUUCAAACAGGUGGACGACGCGGAACAGGCAUGGAUGCCCGUGCCGUCCAUUCCCUCUGUUGUUCACCAAGAUCUCUUAGCAAAUGGAGAGAUUCCUGAUCCAUUCAUUGGCUUCAAUGAGCUAAGGACCGAUUGGGUAGGUGAGAGGGCUUGGGUAUAUCGGAGGUCGUUUCAAAGUCCACCGAUUCAUCCCAAUGCAGUGGUCGACUUGUUAUUCGACGGGUUGGAUACGUUCGCCAAGGUAAAAUUGGACGGAACAACAGUUCUCGAAUCCGAUAAUAUGUUUCUUUCUCAUCGCCUGAAUGUGACGGACUUCCUCAAAGCGCAAAAGCAACAUGUGCUCGAAAUUGAAAUUGAUUCCGCACUCAUACGCGCGAGGAAAAUCAAAGAUAGUCACCCUCACCACAGGUGGGUCGGAUACAAUGGCGAAAUGGCCAGACUUGGUGUCAGAAAGGCCCAGUACCACUGGGGCUGGGAUUGGGGUCCCUUACUCAUGACUGCAGGUAUCUGGAGACCAGUACGACUGGAGAUGUACUCUAUAAGAGUAGACGAUAUCUGUGUGGAGACUCAGCUGUCUAAGGAUCAUCAAGCAGUGACAGUGAUGGCUUCCGCUCAGAUGACUGGCGACAGUCCUGCAGUGUAUAAAGCUGUAUUUUCCUUGAGCUUAAUGGGACACGAGAUGGAGAGCAAAAUAGUAUCAAUUGAUACUAAUGGCAAUGCUAAGGCCGAUAUUGACAUAGUAAAUCCGCAGCUGUGGUGGCCCAACGGUUAUGGCCCUCAGACACUCUAUGAAAUCUCAGUCUGUGUCACCAAGGACGGUGAGGCAUUCCACCAGGUAUCGAAGAAAAUCGGAAUCAGGACGGCGGAAGUCGUCCAGGAGCUCGAUAAACAUGGAAAAUCAUUUCUAUUCCGCAUAAAUGGAGUUGAUAUCUUUUGUGGUGGUUCAUGCUGGAUUCCGGCGGAUAGCUUUCUCCCCAGUAUCACCAAGGACAGAUAUCGACAGUGGAUCGAACUGAUGGCUGCUGGCCGUCAAGUGAUGAUAAGGGUAUGGGGUGGAGGAAUAUACGAAGAUGAUUCAUUCUAUGACGCAUGUGACGAAUAUGGAAUCAUGGUAUGGCAGGACUUUAUGUUCGGCUGUGGUAACUAUCCCGCUUGGCCUGCCAUGUUAGACUCUAUUCGCAAAGAAGCGACAUACAAUGUACGACGACUGCGCCACCAUCCAGCAAUUGUGAUCUUGGCCGGCAAUAACGAAGAUUAUCAAGUGCAGGAACAGGAGGGUCUCACUUAUGACUUCGAGGAUAAGAAUAGGGACAACUGGUUGAAGAGUGACUUUCCUGCGCGGUAUAUUUACGAAGAGCUUCUCCCUACCGUUAUAAGAGAAGAGUGUCCAUGGGUGUUUUACCAUCCUGGAAGUCCGUGGGGCGAUGGAAAACCUACAUCUGACCCGACUGUAGGCGAUCUCCAUCAGUGGAAUGUGUGGCACGGGACGCAGGAGAAAUACCAAAUCUUCGAGCAACUGGGAGGGCGGUUCAACAGCGAAUUCGGCAUGGAGGCGUUCCCACACCUGGAAACCGUCAAUUACUUCGUGAAAGACGAGAUUGACAGGUUUCCUCAGUCACACAUAAUGGAUUUUCACAACAAAGCGGCUGGACACGAACGUAGGAUUGCGACCUAUGUCGAGGAAAAUCUGCGGACUUCUACAGACUUGCAGACAUAUAUCCACCUGACUCAAGUAGUCCAAGCAGAAACGAUGCUUUAUGCCUACCGUAGCUGGCGGCGUCAAUGGGGAGACAAUCGUCGCUGCGGUGGUGCUUUGGUUUGGCAGCUGAAUGAUUGCUGGCCGGCGAUUUCGUGGGCAAUUGUCGAUUACUUUCUACGCCCGAAGCCAGCAUACUAUGCAAUAGCACGAGCAUUGACUCCAGUCGCAGUCGGAGUUGAACGCGAACACCAUGAUUGGAGUGUCAGUCAUGCGAGACCCCCGAAGACGAUUAAAUACAACCUUUGGGUUGCUAGCAGUCUACAGACAGAAGUCGUAGCUACCGUCGAACUGAGGUUUAUUUCCAUCAGUACCGGCUCUGAGAUCUGUCAAUCAAGGACAAAUCGCGGCAUCCAUGUCAUGCCAAACGGGACGACAGACAUCAUCCUCGAUGGUAUCAUUGAUUGUGUCGCGUAUCCCGAAGCGCAUGUGCUCGCUGCGCGGUUAUGGAUAGGUGAUCGCAUCGUUUCCCGUGACAUUGACUGGCCGCAGCCCUACAAGUACCUUGACUUGACACACCGUGGGCUAGAGAUAAAUGAAUCGGUGCGGACGGACGACGAACGCAUUAUAGUCAUCUCAGCAAAGAAACCGGUUAAAUGCCUCGUCUUUGAAGCGAGGGACGGUGUUAGUCUAAGUGACAGCGCAUUAGACAUUGUUCCAGGCGAUGAUCAGACUGUGACGAUAACAGGACUGAACGCCAGCGAUGAGGCAUUAGGAUGGAAAUUCCUCGGCCAGUAGUGUGCCAGUAGUGUCCUGACUAGGUUCUGUAUUCUAUCAAGACUCGAG